AUGCUCCUGCUUUGUAUUUUUCUGUGGGAGGCAGGGGUUCCCUUGUUAAGAAGGGGAACUCAGCCCUCUUCUCAGCAACAGCCAAGCUCCACCGUCUGACCUCCUCCCUUUUCUUCUUUCCAUCAUCUUCUUUCACUUUAUCUUCUCUCUAGAGAAGCUUUUCUAUUCACAAAGAUGUCAGGCAUGUAUGCCCACAGCUUUUCCCCUGCAAGAGCUAUCUCUCCACAGAUUAGAAGCAUGUCAGAGAUUGAUAGUCAGUACUUGGCAGAGCUGUUGGCAGAGCACCAAAAGCUGGGGCCUUUCAUGCAGGUGCUCCCCUUAUGCAGCAGGUUGUUGAAUCAAGAGAUCAUUCGGGUUUCUAGCACGGUUCCAAGCCAAGUACUCGAGGAAUUGGAGAGACAGCAGCCAAGAAGUCUUAGUCCCAUGGCUCCUAACCCUGGAACCAAUUUGCGGGGAAAUGGAAUUCAUCCAGGGAGACUUCCAUUUCCACAAGGAAUGGCAAUGGACUGGCAAGGAACACUGGGAAACUCAAAUUCAUAUCUUGUCAAAAAGAUUAUGCGCUUAGAUAUUCCAGUUGAUGCAUAUCCAAAUUUCAAUUUUGUUGGACGUCUUCUGGGACCAAGGGGUAAUUCACUGAAACGGGUAGAAAUGUCCACUGGUUGUCGUGUUUACAUUCGAGGAAAAGGUUCCAUUAAAGAUCCUGGCAAGGAGGAAAAACUAAGGGGGAAAAUGGGCUAUGAGCAUUUGAGUGACCCACUGCAUAUCUUGAUCGAGGCUGAGUUACCUGCGAAUGUUAUUGACACUCGAUUGAGACAAGCUCAGGACAUAAUUGAAGAAUUGCUUAAACCUGUGGAUGAAUCACAAGAUGUCUACAAGCGACAACAACUCCGAGAAUUAGCAAUGCUAAACUCCGGCUUAAGAGAGGAGAGUCCUCAUCCAAGUGGCAGCGUGUCUCCAUUCAAUAGCGGUGGAAUGAAACGGGUAAAAACCGGCCAGUGAACAACGAACUUGAUGAUCGACAUGCCAAGUCCUCACUUAGAAAUUCGACCAGUGAAAAAUUUUGACAGAAACAAAAGAAGACAGACAUCCUUGUUAUCUGCUGUAAAAUUCUCUGUUUUUAUUGUGACAACCCAGUAAUGCUUAGCUAUGUUUGUUUGUAACUUAGAUAUUCAUUUUAUUCGUUUUAGUGUAACUUUGGUCCAUAAUUGGCAUUUAGAUGUUGCUUUGUAUUCAAUUUUAGGUCUGACUCUGUUUUAAAGUGAAAAAUGUAACCCUUUGUGCUGUCAAUUUCUUGUUA